GGCCGAAGUACAGACAUUUUUUCUGUGAGAAUUACCAGUAACAGUUCAAUAUGGGGGAUAUUCUGGCUCAUGAAUCUGAAAUACUCGGACUAGUGAAAGAGUAUUUAGAUUUUGCUGAAUUUGAAGAUACCUUGAAAACAUUUUCCAAAGAAUGCAAAAUAAAAGGAAAACCAUUAUGUAAAACAGCAGGUGGAUCUUUACAGGACUCUAAAUCAUUGAUAAUUCAGAAGGCUCUUGUCUCUGCAUUUGACAAUGGAGACCAGAAGGUGUUCUUCAAUUUAUGGGAAGAACACAUUCCCAGUUUCAUCGAAAAUGGCGACGCCCUUGCCCAGAAGUUGGAAUUCUAUCUUCACAUCCAUUUUGCCAUCUAUCCUCUGAAACAUUCCGUAGGGAGACCGGACAGAGAGGAGCUGGAGGAAAGGAUUUCUUCCUUCAAAACCUACCUGGAGACCAAAGGAGCAGCGCUGAGCCAGACCACCGAGUUUCUUCCUUUCUAUGCCCUUCCUUUUCUUCCCAACCCUAUGGUACAUCCUUCGUUUAAAGAACUCUUUCAGCGUUCCUGGACUCCAGAGUUAAAGUUGAAGUUGGAAAAGUUUCUAGCUUUAAUAUUUAAAGAUAGCAACACGCUGAAGCUUUUAACAGUGUAUAAGGAGAAUGGACAAAGUAACAAAGAGAUGUUGCAGCAGCUCCACCAGCAGCUGGUCAAAGCUGAACUUAGGUCAGUGACGUACCUGACGUACAGUAAGAUCCAAGCAGACUACCACAAUCUCAUUGGAGUCACAGCAGAGCUGGUGGAUUCUCAGGCCACAGUCAGUGGCAAGAUGAUCACUCCUGAGUACCUCCAGAGUGUCCGUGUCUGCCUCUUCAGCAACCAGAUGUGGCAGAGCCUGGCUCAUAGCGUGGACUUCACAAGGCCUGGGACGGCUUCCACCAUGUUACAAGCUUCCUUGGCACCCGUGAGAUUGAAAGAUGUCCCAUUACUGCCCUCCCUGGCUUAUGAGAAACUGAAGAAGGAUUUGAUUUGGGGGAGUGAUCGUUUAAAAGCCUUCUUGUUGCAGGCUCUGCGCUGGCGCUUGAGCACCUCCCGUCCUGGAGAGCAGAGGGAGGCGGUUCUGCAGGCCUACAUCAGCAACGACCUCUUGGACUGUCAUACCCACAACCAGAGGAAUGUGCUUCACUUGCUGCACGCAAAGAGUGAGGUGGUGCGGCAGUACAUGGCCAGGCUCAUCAACGCUUUUGCGUCACUAGCUGAAGGUCACCUCUACCUUGCUCAGAACAAAAUGGUGCUGUGGAUGCUGGAGGGAAGGCUGAAGGAGGACAAGGAUGUCAUCACCCAGGAGAAUGUCCUUGGGGCCUUGCAAAAGUUCAGCCUCAGGCGCCCGCUGCAGACAGCAUCGCUUCAAGAUGGUCUCAUCUUCUGGCUGAUUGAUAUUCUGAAGGACUCUGAUUGCCUGUCUGACUACACACUGGGGUACUUAGUGGCUUUGCUUAUGAACCUCUGCCUCUGGAGUGCAGGGAAGAACAUGUGUACCAAGGUGGCAGGCCUCGUGCUCAAAGUCCUUUCAGAUCUGCUUGGCCAUAAAAGCCACGAGAUCCAGCCGUAUGCGAAUGGAGCUCUGUACAGCAUCCUUUCUAUUCUGUCCAUCCAGGAGGAAGUGAGAGCAAUGGGGAUGGAAGACAUCCUACACUGCUUCAGCAAAGAAGGCAACGCUGAAAUGAUCCGCCAGAUAGAAUUUAUCAUCAAGCAACUUAAUUCUGGUCAGUUUAAUGUAACAGUCCGGGAUCUUUCUUGUGAAUCAUUCACAAGAAAUGUACCGGAAAGAUACAUGGACUGUCUUAUAGGGCCUUGUCAUGCUUUGGCCAGCAUUCAUUCAAGAAGCAUUUAG